AACAAAGAUAAGUUUUGCGCUGUACAUGAUGGGAGUGAAACAGUAGAAGAAACUGGGGCACUCCGUUUGUCAAUUCAAACAACUAAUGGAGAAAUUGGAUCAUGCACAGGUUCUAGAUUUGGAGGAUAUCCCAAUAGAUAAUCUGCCAGACGGAGUAACGAGCUUAUUCAAUUUAAAACAUUUAAAUUUGAAUCAAACUCUAAUUAAGGAGCUUCCAGAAUCCAUUGGACAGCUCCGCAACCUUCAGACCUUGAACAUCAUGGGGUCAAAAAUAGAGGAACUUCCAAGAGGGAUUUCCAAGUUGCUAAACUUACGCCAUUUACUUGUGGGUGGGUUCAUUUCCAAGUUCCAAAAGGUAAUUGGGGUAAGAAUACCAUCAAGUAUUAGUAAGAUGAAGAAAUUGCAAUCUUUGGAGUAUAUUAAAUCAGAAGGAAACAUUAUUAGACUUAUUGGAAGUAUGACCCAGCUUACGUCCCUUGGCAUUACAAAUGUGAAAGAAAGAGACGAGGAGGACCUAUGUGCCUUAAUUCAAGAUAUGAAGGUCCUUUCCCGCUUGUUUUUAUUUGUAGCCGAUGGAGAGGAAUUUCUUCGAGUCGACGCAUUGUCUUCACCGCCUCCUUACCUUGAUAGACUUAGAUUGGUCGGCAAACUGGAAAAGGUACCACAUUGGUUUUGUUCGCUCCACUCUCUCACAUAUAUGAGGCUGGAAGGGUCCAGACUUGAAGAAGAUAUUCUACCUCAUAUUGAAGCAUUGCCCUCUCUACUUUAUCUUUCCCUUAUUAAUGCCUCUGUUAGGGAAGAGUUAUGUUUCAACAGAGGCUUUGCGAAGCUUCGGCAUUUGUGGUUUUCUGAUCUCGCAUUAUUAACUAAGAUAACUAUAGAAAAAGGGGCGAUGCCAAAUCUCGAGUUCUUAAGCAUUGGCCGUUGCUUGACAUUAGAAACAUUGCCACAGGGUAUUGAGCACCUUACUAAACUGCAACGAUACAGAUUUGAUAAUGUUUCAGAGAAGUUUAGAGAGUCCAUAAAAGAAGGAGGUGUGGAUCAUCCAAGGAUGCUACUCGUCGACGAGAGAUGUAAGAAAUAUACAAACAAGUCCUAGGAUUGAAGAUUUUACCCAUGAGUUUGGGGGUGGGAACUUGUUCGUCUUAUUUUGACCCCAAGAGUGAUCUAGAUUGGCUUCUUAUUUGCUCCUUUGAAAAUCAAACAAUACCCAAGUUGAUGUUCAUAAAAUUGCGGUUGAUGUUUUUGUGUGUGUUUUAAUUUGCAUUUAAUAAAAUUCGAGUUUGCAUCUGUCACUUCGACAAUUGGCAGAUGUAUGUCGAUGAUUAGCUUUUAAGAUUUAGACCAUGGAUUCUUUUAUAUUCGGCGUGUUUGUACUUUCUUCUAUGUUAAUUGUGUUUGUAUUUUCAGAUUUUUUUUCUUUGGGGUCAGAUUUUGUACUUUCAU